CAGUUGUAAACUCCACAAAGUGGGUGUUGGUUGUGAAUCAAGUGCCGAACUCUGCAGUUGCAACAACUGUUAUAUCGCUCUGGAUUAGAAAGAUGCCCAUCUUCUAUUAAUGAGCUGACGCCUGGGCACUAACCGGGGCAUUGACUCCUGUUUUUAUCCACAGGGGAUUUAUCAAGUUCCUACACUGGGUGUCUCUUCAGCCCGCUGACGUCAAAAUAACACCGAGAGGUGCCGGGCUUUAAAAGACCAGAGGCACUCGCCAGCAAUGGGACACAAGACAAGAGAGCAGAAACCCCCAGCGUGCUGUCGAGAAAGGGGGGCCUCGGGAGUGUCUGAAUUCCAGCAGAGGUUUUAGUGCUUUAUAUUGGAAAUAUCGCAAACUCUGUAACAUUCAAUGCUUACGGCUAGAAUCCGAAUUAUAACCCGCUUCUUCGCCUUUAACAGUAACCUGGGUGCGGUAGGAGUUGUUCCAGCGCAAGUUAAGGAGGGUUCCAGUCUGUCGCUGAAAGUUUUCCCCAACGUCUUCCUGCUUGUUUGUAACUCCACAUUUAAAUCAUGAACUGUCUGAAACUCUCCACCGUCCUCCUUGUCGCCUUUGUGUUCCACUUCAAUUCGCUGGACGGAGUACGGGCUGUCCCAAGCAGGUACUCUGCGGUUCCCAGUGAGUCAGACACUGUGCUCCCUGAGUGGUACUCCUGGCAGAUCCCAGUGCUGAGGAAGAGGUCUCCCACUGGCGGGUCAGCUGCAUUCCCUGUGCAAGAGCCAUUUAAGCCAAAGAGCGUCUUUGUGAAAAGGGCAAAGUGCAACACUGCCUCUUGUGUGACAUCGCGUCUUGCAGAAUUUUUGAGUCGAACCCCCACCAAAUACAAAGCAACAAAUGUAGGCCCAAACUCUUAUGGCAAGAGAGACAGCAUGGGACUGUACAGCAGAGAAUUUUUCAGUUACCUCGAACGCUAGAACACAGAGCAAUCUUUUCUAAAUGUUAGUGGAUUGUUGCUUUGGCUCCAGUCUCAGUAGAGGUUGAAAAUGUUCGUCUGUUUUAGGAUUUCAAGCAGUUGUGCCCUGUUUCAAUACUGUUGAAUUUUUUUUUUGCAUUGGAACAUUGCAUGGAUAUGAUCAGGUUUAUUGCUUUAUGUAAGAAGUUCCCUGCAUGUUUUUAAUUUAAAUAAAGCUGCUAGCAACACACAAAUAUCUGUAUAACUUGCUUGAAUUCUAUUAAAGACUAAUAUUGAGAAUUUUUUUUAAA